CACGCGCCACCACGACUCCCUCCAUUUCUCCCUCACCUGGUCUGCCCCGGCCAUCUCCCCUCCCCUCUCCGGCUCCUCCCCUGGGAAAGCGAGGCGUGAGCGUGACGACCCAGACCCAUGGCGCCUCCCCGCCGCGGUCAACGCGCCGCCACCGGCCUCGCCGUCCUCCUCCUGCUCUACGCCAUCUCCGCAUGCUCGCUCCUCCCCGCCGCCCGCGCCCAGGCCACCGCCUUCACCAGCACCCGCAACGGCAGCGAGUUCAGCACCUUCUCCUUCCCCUCCUUCGGCAACUCGCUGCGGCAGCUCCCCGGCAACCUCACCGUGCUGGGCAACGCCACCGUCAACGCGAACGCCCUGCAGAUCACGCCGGACACCAGGAACGACCCGGAGAAGUUCCUCAUCAACCAGACCGGCCGGGUCAUGUACCCCAGAGCCUACGUGCUCUGGGCCGCCAACGCGUCCAACACCAGCGCCGACGGCCGCCGCCUCGCCUCCUUCUCCACCGUGUUCAAGGUCAACCUCUUCCGCGCGACCCCGUCCGUCAAGGGCGAAGGGUUCGCGUUCCUCAUCGCGUCCGAUGGCGCCGCCCCACCGCCUCCCGGCAGCCACGGCGGCUACCUUGGCCUCACCAACGCGUCCACCGACGGUAGCGCCGCCAACGGGUUCGCGGCCGUGGAGCUGGACACGGUGAAACAGCCCUACGACCCCGACGACAACCACGUCGGCCUCGACGUGAACGGCGUCCGGUCCAAGGUCGUCGCCUCCCUCACCCCCUUCGGCAUCGACCUCGCGACCAACAACACCAAGGACGACGGCAGCCACAUGGUCUGGAUCGACUACAACGGCACGGCGCGGCACGUGUGGGUGUACAUGGCCAAGAACGGGAGCAGGCCGGACACUCCCGUGCUCGACGCGCCGCUGGACCUCUCGAGGGUCCUCCUCGGCAAGACGGCCUACUUCGGCUUCUCGGCGUCCACCGGCGUGCUGUACCAGCUCAACUGCUUGCACAGCUGGGACCUGACGGUGGAGCUUCUCCCCGACGGCAGCAACAAGCAGCCGCUCUCUGGCUGGAAGCUCGGGCUGGCCAUCGGCGUGCCGUGCGCGUUCGCCCUGGCGCUCGGGCUGUUCGCCGGCCUGUACAUCAAGAAAAGGGGGAGGAGGAUCGGGGACGACUCGAGCUCGAUGGUCCGGAGCACCAUCAACUUCGCGAGCAUCCCCGGGGUGCCCAAGGAGUUCGACUACAAGGAGCUGAGGAAAGGGACGGGCAACUUCGACGAGAAGAUGAAGCUGGGGCAGGGCGGGUACGGCGUGGUGUACCGCGCCACCGUGGUCGGGGAGCACGGCCGGAGCAUGGAGGUCGCCGUGAAGCAGUUCUCCGGGGCCAACACCAAGGGGCAGGAGGACUUCCUCGCCGAGCUCAGCAUCAUCAACCUCCUCCGCCACCGCAAUCUCGUCAAGCUCCUCGGUUGGUGCCACCAGGACGGCGUGCUGCUGCUGGUGUACGAUUUCAUGCCCAACGGCAGCCUGGACAGGCUCCUCUUCGGCGGCGGGCCGGAGGCGCCGGUGCUCACCUGGGGCCACCGCUACAACAUCGUCGCCGGCGUGGCGUCGGCGCUCAACUACCUCCACCACGAGUACGACCAGCGGGUGAUCCACCGCGACAUCAAGCCGUCCAACAUCAUGCUGGACGCCGCCUUCAACGCGCGGCUCGGCGACUUCGGCCUCGCCCGCGCGCUCGAGACCGACAAGACCUCCUACACCGACAAGCUCGGCGUCCCCGGCACGCUGGGCUACAUCGCGCCGGAGUGCUUCCACACGGGCCGGGCCACGCGGGAGUCGGACGUCUUCGGCUUCGGCGCCGUCAUCCUCGAGAUCGUCUCCGGCCGCCGCAUUUCCUGCAGCAACGCCGCCGGGUGCAGCCAGCUGCUGGAGGCCGUGUGGCAGCUCCACGGCGCCGGGGAGGGCCGCAUCCUCGAGGCCGUCGACCGGCGGCUCGCGCCCGGGGAGUUCGACGAGGGCGACGCGGAGCGGCUGCUGCUGCUGGGCCUCGCGUGCAGCCACCCCAACCCCGGGGAGCGGCCCAGGGCGCGCGCCAUCGUGCAGAUCCUGGCGCGCUCCGCGCCGCCGCCGGACGUGCCGGCGUCCAAGCCGGCCUUCAUGUGGCCCGCACUGCCGGUCGUGCUCGGGGACGACGACGGGGAGAUGGCCGUGUCCGGGACAAGCACGGCCUUGACCUCCUCGUCGUCGUACUACGCCUCGUCCGCCGGGUGGACGACGCAGAACUACCUGCUGACCAGGGAGCACGACGUGGCGGACAGGGACAUGCCCACGGCGUGAGUUGACCGCCGGGGAGCCUGCUGCCGCCGUGCCAGGACGUACGAGUGAGUCAGUCAACGGCGAGCGGGAUCGAUAUCGACAAGGAAUUAGUCGGUCGUGUGUUCACGAUGGUGAGUUCUUGACACCGACGUGGCGAAUAAGAUGUAGAUAGUGAUCAGUGUGCAUGCCAGGUUGUGAUCAAGCUGUGUCUGGAUUGGGGAGCUAUAGCUUUUUAUUUCUGGGUUAAAGUGGGUAUACUUGUAGUACAACUUCAAUCUGAUCUCAUUGUUGAUUUGCCAUUUGCCGUCGUGUCCGAUUGCGACUGUGUAAAUAGCUAUAUAGCCGACUUCUCGGUGUUUCUAAUGAGAGGUGACCGGUUCUCCGUGCUGGCUUUCAAUUGGUAGAA